AUGUUAAUAUCUCCUUAUUUGUUUUAUUCAGAUUAUUUUACUAAUUAUUUACAAAAAACUGUAAAGUUAAUGAUUCCUUUAUUGAAUUUUGCCACAUAUCCUAAAGAUUAUUCUUAUUUUGAAUUAUUUCAUGUAUCUGAUAAUUCCUUUACUUCACUUUAUUCGUCCUAUUAUUAUAAAUGGUGGAAUAUUAAAGCUCUUAUUAACUUCAAGCAUUAUGGUUUUAGCCUUUGCCAUUCUUUACAUCUCUUAUUAAGACCUACCAGUGAAUAUUCUUAUGAUCAACCAAGUAAUACUGACGAUUUUAAUAAUUCUUGGAAUCUUGUUCUAACCUAUAAGUUUAUUUCAUCUAAUGGUACAAUUGGAGAAUCAUCACUUAUUGAAACUCCUGAUGAUAAUACAAAUUUAUUUGCGAUGUUUAGUACUUCCAUUUUAGCA